GUGCGCGUGCGCGAGCGGCGCCCGCCCCUCCCCCGCCCGGCGCUGCUCGGUGGGCCGAGGCGCCGCCGGCUCGGCGGGGGAGCCGCGCCGCGGGAGCGUCAGGAGGUGCAUCCCAUCAGGGGCCUGACUGCAGGGAAGCUGGUGAAGGGGCUGCCGCUUGGGCUUUGUGGUCCGCAGCCUGUCCCGCGGGAGAUGGCCCCGGGGGGCCCGGCACUGCUGCUGCUGUUGCUGCUGUGUCUGCCCAGGCUCCCACCCCCCGCCGCCAGCUGUCCGGCCGGCUGCCGCUGCUACAGCACCACGGUGGAGUGCGGGGCCCUGCAGCUGCGCGUGGUCCCGCCCGGAAUCCCACCCGGAACGCAGACACUCUUCCUGCAGGACAACAGCAUCGUGGGCCUGGAGCCAGGCACCCUGGCGCCUCUUGCCGCCCUGCGUCACCUCUACCUGCACAACAACAGCCUGCGCGCGCUGGAGCCAGGCGCCUUUCGAGCACAGUCACACCUGCUGGAGCUUGCGCUCACAGGCAACCGUCUGCGAGGCCUGCGCCUCGGGGCUUUCGCUGGCCUGGCGCAGCUGCGCGUGCUCUACCUGGCUGGUAACCAGCUGGUGCAGCUGCUGGACUUCACCUUCCUGCACCUGCCGCGCCUCCAGGAGCUCCACCUGCAGGAAAACAGCAUCGCGCUGCUGGAGGACCAGGCCCUAGCCGGGCUCUCCUCCCUGGCACUGCUGGACCUCAGCAGGAACCAGCUGGGCACCAUCAGCCGUGAGACCCUGCAGCCCCUGGCCAGCCUGCAGGUGCUGCGCCUCACAGAGAACCCAUGGCGCUGUGACUGUGCCUUGCACUGGCUGGGAGGCUGGAUCAAGGAGACGGGUCAGAGGCUGCUCAGCUCCAGGGACAAGAAGAUCAUGUGUGCAGAGCCCCCACGCCUGGCCCUUCAGAGUCUCCUGGACAUAUCCGGCAGUAGCCUCGUCUGCAUCCCGCCGUCUGUGCACGUUGAGCCGCUGGAAGUGACAGCCAGCCUAGGUGAGGACCUGCGGAUUGCCUGCCAGGCUUCCGGUUACCCGCAGCCCCUGGUCACCUGGAGGAAGGUGGCCCAGCCUCGCGAGGGGCAACCGCGGGCCCAGGCCCAGCCAGAAGGCGGCGCGCCGGGCCCAGGCGGACACGCGGCCUCCGACACGGGCAGCGGCAUGCUCUUCCUCACCAACAUCACCUUGGCGCACGCCGGCAAGUAUGAGUGCGAGGCCUCCAACGCCGGUGGCGCCGCUCGCGUGCCCUUCCAGCUCCUGGUCAACCUGUCCCAGCAGCAGCAGCUGCAGCUGGCACCUCCGCCGCCCCCGGCCGCGGGCCCCGUCAGCCACGAGCCCCUGCACGAGGCGAGCAGCAUGGCCUUCCGCGCCCUGGGCCUGGCCACGCAGACGGCCAUUGCGGCGGCCAUCGCGCUCCUGGCGCUCACAGCGCUGCUGCUGGCGACCUUGAUCUGCCGCCGGCGCCGCCGGCGAAAAAAGGCGCCGGGGCCGCCGGGGGAGGGUGCGCUGUUCGUCAACGACUAUUCGGACGGGCCCUGCACCUUCGCGCAGCUCGAGGAGCUCCGCGAUGAGCGGGGCCACGAGAUGUUCGUCAUCGACCGCUCCAAGCCGCUCUUCGCCGAGGGUCCGGCGGAGGCGGCAGAGGGGCCCGCGCCCGCGCCCGCCCAGGGACUCCCGCUGCAGCCACCCGCCGCCUACGAGAUCCACUGCUGAGGGACGAGGACGG